CAUGGGUCAUACUAGUACUUACACUCUCAUAUUUCAGUGAGCCGAGGGACCAUGGCCCAACAACGAACAAGACCAGACCGGUGGUGAAAAAUGAAGAACACUCACACCACCUUCGACAGGACCGACUUCGUGCCAAGUCAUGCUGGAGACCACAUUCUCCCUGCAGACCCCCUGUUCACACGCCUGUUGACCUUGGCACACCGUCCCCAACCCAGGCCCGCGAUACGCGAUCUCAACGCUGGCAUCGAACGCACAGCCGCUCAACUGCUGAGCGACGUGCUGAGACUCCGUCGUGUCCUGCGGGCCAGCCUGACGCAGCAGACUAUCGACGAUCUGCACCAGGGAGGAGAAGUGUACAUCAGCCUCGUCGCUCCUGGAGGAUAUGAGUUUACGGUUGGUGUCCUGGCCGUCCUGGCCUUGGGUGCGGCCGUGAGUCCCUUCAGCAGUGCUCAGCCUGUCAAGGAGGCAUGCUAUUAUGUCAACAAAGCCCGAUCCGUCGCCGUUCUUGCAGCCACGCCCGCUCUCCAGCUGGGCGAGGCUACAGCAAAAGAGAUCCGCGCGACCACGAACUCCGACCUCGUCUGCGUACCCAUCCAAACCAUGAACGACGAAGCGCCAGUGCCUCUGGACAGCAUCAAGAUCUCGUCGAACCGCUUCCUGGAUCCCAAUGGUCCCGGUGUGGUCAUCUUCACAUCCGGCACGACCGGUCCUCCCAAGGGCGCCGUAUUAUGUCGCGCCGCCAUGAUCGACGGCUCUUUAUGCUUCGCCCAGCAGAUCGGCCUGCAGGAAACGGACACGCUCUUGCACCUCUUACCCGUCCACCACGCCACAGGAAUCUGGGUAUCCUUCUUCCCCUUCAUCCUGUCCGGCGCCUGCAUCGAGUUCCGCUCCGGCAGCUUCAGCCCCGAAUGGACGUGGGACCGCUGGCGACAGGGCGGGCUCACGCACUUCACCGGCGUGCCGACGAUAUACAUGCGCAUGAUGCGCCACUAUCUCGAGCACGCGCCCAAGCUCCCCGCACAGGAAGCCGAGAGCUACAAGGCCGCCGCUGCCGCCUUCAAAGUCUGCAUCUGCGGUACAUCCGCGCUUCCCAAACCCAUCGCCGACUUCUGGACCAACCUCAUGGACGGCCGGCGCAUUGUCCAGCGCUACGGCUCCACAGAGCUGGGCGUCGUGUUCAACAUGUCCGUGGACUCGGCAGAGAACAUCCCCGACGGGUCCGUCGGCGAAUUGACGCACGGCGUUGACGCGAAGCUCUCGGACGGCCAUGAAGGAGAAGUCCUCGUUAAAGCACCGCACAUGUUCUCGAAAUACCUGCACGACCCGCAGGCCACGGCGAACGCGCACGAUGCAGAUGGAUACUUCAAGUCCGGCGAUGUUGCGCGCCGAGAAGGGAAAUACUACUUCAUCGUGGGUCGCGCGUCGGUGGACAUCAUCAAGUCCGGCGGCUACAAGAUAUCGGCACUGGACAUUGAAAGAGAGCUGUUGGCAUUGCCGUAUCUUGGUGAAGCCAUGGUCGUCGGUGUGCCCGAUGACGAGUUCGGCCAGCGCGUUGGAGCCGUCGUGUCACUACGAAACGAUAAGGUCGCGCAGGAGUUCUACAGACAGAACAAAAGGAGUCCUCACUCGCUGAAGCUGGAUGAUCUUCGUGCCGAUGUACGAAGUCGUCUGGCAGGAUACAAGAUGCCCACGCUCUUGCGCGUCAUCCAGGGAGAGGUGCCAAAGAGUGCGACAGGGAAGGUGGUCAAGAAGAUCCUAGGGCCACUGUAUUUCCCUACCAAUUAUCUCGAAGAUAAGGACGUGCAGGUCUGGAGUAGUAAGAAAGCGGCUAGAUCUAGCAAGUUAUGACCAUCUCAAGAGUUACUUCGGCAAGCUAGAGGCAAGACAGAAAGCCUUUGCAUAUUCAUGGUCUUAGGAACCGCUCGAGUAGAGAUGCACGGUAGAUGAAUACUCAGUGUUGCGUAACUGAGCAAAGUAGAUUCAAAUGAGAAGCAACG